AUGGAUUUAUGGGACAAAGACUAUGAGAAGGCCAUACAGACAGGGAAAGAAAUUAAAAAGAUAUUAAGACAAAAUGAAAAGGAGAAGAAGAAGGCGAAAAACAGGGCAAUUUUAAGGGGCAAAAUAACCGAAUUUAAUCAAAAUGUUAGAUUCUUGCAGCACCAGCUAAAUAAUGAUUAUAUAAAGAAUGACAAACAGUACAGCAAGAACGAAUCCAAGUAUAAGUACAAAGUGAGCACACUGGAAAAAAUGAAAAGGGAAAUAAUGAAUUUGUAUGAGGAUUUCGCUUCUACGAAUGAGGAGGAUGCCUCGUUCAACAUAAACAUGGAUUUUUUAAACGACCUGGGCAACGAGAAUGACUCAUACUUGAACGAUCUGAACAGGGAGGAGUUACUCCUGAAGCAGAAGAAUUUGAUGAAGUUGCAGGACGAGCAGCUGAGCUUUCUGGAAGGCACUACACACAACUUAAAAAAUAUCAGCUACAAUAUAAACAACGAAUUGCGAGUUCAUAAUGAACUGUUGGAUGACAUAGACAGGGAUGUCGAUGAGACGAACAAUUUGCUUAACAGGAAUAGAAACAUUUUCGAAAGAGUCACAAAUAAUACCAGUAAUUAUUUUUUGUAUGUAAUUAUUGCCGUGUUGACUACGUCGCUCGUGUUUUUCAUAAUUAUUCUCUAG